ACUUCAAUUAAGUUUAUUUAAAUAAUUCUGUAACAUUUGUUUUGGGAGUAGCCUACAAUCAUCUUAUACUAUUAAUAUCACAUUUGUUUACACAUAUGCAAAGGACGCGUAUAUCAUUAAAGUAUCCUGCAGGUUUAAGGAUACACGCUUAAGUUUCGUUUUGUCUCUUUCCGCAGAAACAGCUGCGCCUGGUUCAUAUGAGAGAGUGUGGUUGUAAACCGUUUAUUUUCGUUCUGUGAUAGUAAAUGACCUGAGAGCUUUACGUAUCAAACAGUAUGAACAGAAGAAACAGGAAUAGCCAUCUCUCUCUUGCAGCUGUGCGCGCAAUUGGAUUGGACUUCAUAGAGAUGCUAGAGGAAACAAACAGGAAAUCCAUUACUGACAGAAACAAGCUUAGAGACAUCUACAAUGAAGAGUUUCGAGACAGGACGGACGAUCGUGUCAAAGAUCCAAACUUCUCUAGAGUCAUCUUUGCAUUGAGAAAGGCCAACAAAGCGCGUCUUUCCAGGACAGGUCAUGUUUACUUUAACAGCAAUGUCCGGGUGAGACUGCAUGAUCAAUGGUUCAGACCCUGUCGAAGACAGCAAAACCAAGCUACUCCCAUUCAGAGAAAUGUUAGCUCACUGCAGCCCCCUAGUGGCCAGGAGGCCUCCGUUCCAGGGCCAGAGGGUGGAGUCAGAGGAAGGAGAAGAUUGGCAAAAGACAUCGUACAGCGAUUGAACACUACAGACAGGUCCCAUUUUAUAGCUGAUAAGCAUGGGGUGCGGGUGUCCUCAGAGCUCUAUAUGGAGAAUGGAAAGAUUCAGAUCUCUGUGGAUCGGGCAGAAGUUUAUGAGCUGAAGCUGUUUGUGGAGAACACCGGUCAAGAGGCCAUGUAUUUCACAUACUACACUGCUCUUCACUGGCUGCAGUGUUUCACUCUGGAUGACAGCAGGAAAGUCACACGCAACAAUCCACUACGUCUGGAACCAGGAGAAAAGUAUGAGGUAACUGUGAGAUUCAAAUGCAGUCAUGUUGGAGUUUAUUCAGCUACUUUGGCAUUUGAGUUUAAGCAGAACACCCAGCCCGCCACCCGUCCCUUCCACAUUGUGCGCUUCAUUGAGGCAGAAUACAGGACUAAGCUUGCAGCCCUACUGGGUCCUACAGAACCAUUCAAACCCCUGAGACUUAACAUCUCUGAACCCGAAAACUGUAAAGUGGAUGAGGGUUUUCCACCGGAAGGUUAUGUACAGAACUUUCUUGAAAAUGUUCUGCCACUGGGGCAAUACACUCCUCCUCCUGACGUCCCCGUGCUGGCCAAGCUCCUGAAAGAUGACCGGAUGCUCAAAGGAAAAUUUCAGGAACAUCAGUCAUUACUGCAGAGUCCGCUGAGCUUCCAUAAUUAUGCCGAACGCUUUGAUUUACUGCUGCAACUGGAGGAGUGUCAGAUGCAUGUGGAUAUCAAGAGAUACAACAAAGAUCAAGUCACCUUAUCCAGGGACCGUUAUGACAAAAGACUAAUGGUCUUAUACCUCCCUGGUGUAUCAGAGAACAGGCCAUCAGUCCUGAGGGGAGAUCAUCUGCUUCUCACCAAGAGUGAGGAGGUCAAUUUCUCAACUGUGACCAAAUACAAGGGCUACGUCCACAAAGUAGAACUGGACCAGGUCAAACUGGGCUUCUCCAGAAGGUUCCUUGACCAUGUAUACAUAGAUAAUAUGAAGUUCCGUGUGGAGUUCACGGUGAAUCGUCUCCCAUUAAGACUGCAACACAGAGCUGUACACAUGGCGGUCCAGCACAACCUCAGAGAUGUGCUGUUCCCCGUGGGCUCAAGGAGUUUGACCCCUGUGUCUCCACCUGCACUGAGACUCUUUGAUGGACAACUUGAGAGGAAUCCUGAACAGUACAGUGCAGUAUGUAACAUUGUGGCAGGUACAUCCAAGCCGGCACCGUACUUGGUGUUUGGACCUCCCGGCACUGGUAAAACCGUGACGAUAGUGGAGGCCAUCAAACAGGUGGAGAAGAAUAUACCCGAUGCCUAUAUCCUAGCCUGCGCUCCUUCUAACAGUGCAGCUGAUCAACUGUGUGAAAAGUUGAUCACUAGUCAACAUGUUGAUGCACAUAAAAUAUACAGACUCUACGCUAGCUCACGCAAUCCAAAAGACAUCCCUAAACUUAUAAAGAACAACAGUAAUGUGAAUGGAGAGAUGAUUAUUUUCCCAUGUAAAGAGGACCUAAUGUCCUACAAGAUCCUGGUCAGCACUCUUGUCACUGCAGGCAGGCUGGUCAGUGGGGGUUUUCCUGUGGAUCAUUUUUCACACAUCUUUGUGGAUGAGGCAGGACAUGCUGUGGAGUCAGAGACCAUCAUCUGUGUGGCAGGACUGCUGAAUGCAGAGACUGGGCAGCUUGUUUUGGCUGGGGAUCCUAAGCAGCUGGGACCAAUCCUGAGAUCUCCUCUUGCCAUUAAUUAUGGGCUUGAUGUCUCUUUGCUGGAGAGGCUGAUGACACAGAAUGAUCUUUAUAAGAAAGAUGACGCUGAGUUUGACAAACGCUACGUCACCAAACUUCUUCUGAAUUACAGGUCUCAUCCAUCCAUUCUGGAGGUUCCUAAUGAGCUGUUCUAUGAUGGGGAGUUGAAGGCAUGUGCAAAUGAGAUCAGCUCCAACCAGUACUGCAAUUGGGAGCACCUGCCCAAAAGAGGGUUUCCUGUGAUUUUCCAUGGAGUUCCUGGGAAGGAUGAAAGAGAGUCGAAUAGCCCAUCAUUCUUUAACAAGUUUGAAAUCGAUAUCAUCAUAGAUUACCUGAAGAAGCUGCUCCUGACACAGGCGAAGAGGGGAAUCUCUAGAAUCUCCCCCAGAGAUAUUGGCAUUAUCGCCCCCUACAGGAAACAGGUGGAGAAGAUCAGACUGGUUAUCAAAUCAGACGAGGACCUCCAAAAGUGCAUGUGCAUUGAUGACCUGAAAGUUGGUUCCGUGGAGGAGUUUCAAGGCCAAGAGAGGAAAGUGAUCAUGGUGUCGGCUGUUCGCAGCAGCAAGGAACACAUCAUUUUGGAUGAAACGUUCAGCAUUGGGUUUCUCAAGAAUGAGAAGAGAUUCAAUGUGGCGGUGACAAGAGCAAAAUCCCUGUUCAUCAUGGUGGGAAACCCCAUCAUUCUGCGGACAGAUGAAAUCUGGGGCCGGUUUAUUGACUUCUGCUCCGAUCAGGGUGGUUACACCGGGCUUCCCUUAACCAAUGUAGAGGGAAUAGAGGAGGUUGAAAAGUGUCUACUUGCUCUUAACAUCCAGGAUGAGAGUGAGGAAACUGAGGAGAGUGUGGUCCAACAACAACUGAAUCCUGAGUGGAGACACGAUUACUAACAAAGAGCCAGUCUUCACUAGCCACAAAUGUUCUACACAUUCUUUUGAAGUUGGUAUGGAAAUCCUGGAUCUUUCAAUUCUUUAAAUCUGGGUGCUCACUAGGGGUGCAAUGGUUCAAAUUACUCACGGUUCGGUUUGUAUCACGGUUUUAGGGUCACGGUUUCGGUACGGCUCGGUAUGUGCAAUGUUCAGGGAAAAAAGGAGUACUGUCAAAUAAAACGAAAGAAAAUAAGAACAAAAUAAUCAAACUACAAGCAACAGCACAAAUAAAAUAAACAGUGCUUUUCGGGUAUCUAACAGUAGUCAGGUACAGAAAAUGAAUAAAAUAAUCAAAUAGCCUAUAAAAAACACUGUUUUAUCUUCACAGUAUGAAUUAAAUAAAGAUUAAUCAUUAUUGAAAUGACAAAAGCUAUUCAGUCAAGAGCAUUGAGUGAUUUCUUUGUCAUUUGUUGUUUGAUUAACAUUAAAAACACAGACAGCAGGAAUAUUAGGCUUCUUUUCCUUUAAGACAUAAUGCACGAUCCAGUACAUAUACUGUUACAAAUGCGAUGUCUUUUUAAACUUUUAUACGUUUACUUAAGACAUAACUGACUAUGUGUGCUAUUAUACUCGCCAUGACAGGCAUGUUGACAUCAUUUUUGUGUGAAUUUGUCCGUUCAAGCACAUGACUUGAAAGAGAACUCAGUGUUUGCAUGCUGUCUGAGCAUGUGCACGCUUUGGAUGAGCGUGCACACAAAUCUUCUCACAGCGUGCACAAGUUCUAUUGCUCUUGAAUGUUUAAUUUAGCAAGGCUUAAAUGAGUAUAGUUUGAAUGCAAAUAGCAAUGUGUGCUGUUCAGGUCUGUUCAAAGGCAUGUGUAACAGUAUCCCCCGGUUUCACAAAUUUUUAAGCUAGUCCUAGACUAAAAUACAUGCUUGAGCUGUUUUAACUGAAAGCAACUUGCACUGACAAAUCUUAAAAUACGUCAACGCCAUUGUUUUGUCUCAAGAUGCGCACCAGUAAUGUUUUUUUCUAGUGUACGUUUAUAAAAGCUACUUAAAUAAUCUAAUUGAACUAAGGCCUAAUCCUGGCUUAGUAUAAGCCCUGUCUGUGAAACCAGGCCAUUAUGUACUGGAUCGUGCAUUAUGUCUUAAAGGUUAAGAAGUUAAUCAAACAACAAAUGACAAAGAAAUAACUCACUGCUUUUGACUGAAUAGCUUUUGUAACUUUAAUAAUGAUUAGUCUUUAUUUAAUUUAUACUGUGAAGAUAUGCUGUGUCAUUUUUAUAUUUGAUUAUUUUAUCUAUUUUCUGUACCUAAAAACUACUGUUAGAUACCUGAAAAGCACUGUUUAUUGUAUUUAAAUCUUUGCUAUAUUGUAUUUAUUCGUGCUGUUUGAUUAUUUGUUCUUAUUUUCUUUAUUUUUAUUUGACAGUAGUCUUUUUUCCUGAACAUACUGAACAGUACCGAAACCAUGACCCUAAAACUGAUAAAAACCGAACCGUGAGUAAUUUGAACCGUUGCACCCCUAGUUUUUACUGUACAAAAAUACUUUAAUCUACCUUGAAAAUAUGAGCACAUCGACUGAUUCAUAAACCACUGUUUAUUGAUGAUAAAGUGCCUUUUUUAUUCCUGCUAUAACAUUGCAACAUUAACCAUUUUUUAACCACAGUCAGACUGUAUGAUACACAUUGUAUCCAAAACAUUGUGUGAACCUGGCUUAAAUUUCAGUGAAUUUGGAAGUGUAAUUUUCAAGCUUGCAAAUAAUAGAAUAUAUUUAUAUAUAUCCUUUAGAUUUCAGCUGUGCUUUAUUAAACCUCAGACAUGUUAAUAUAUUUUCAAAUGAUGUCCAUUAAAUGAAUGUUAAAUGAAA